CAUUCCUCAGAGACAUACUUAUUAUCCUGGAGAAGAGGUGCUUCUGAGUACUGGAUCCUUCUCGUGGUGGUGCUGGGCCUACUGGACUGAAACAGAGCGGGAGAACCGCAUUGAGCAUCAUCAGCCAACCUUAGAGACAGAAGGACUCCCUAAAUUUUUUUUUUCCUUUGGGAAAUUAUCAUUAACUUACUUCUUGAGAAGAUAACUGCUGCACAAUCAUGAGGCUCUUCAACCUGCUCUAUCUGCUCCUGCUGCUCGUAGCCGUUUUAGCAUCGGUCUCCUCCGCCAGACCAGAUUUCCUGAACCUGAGGAGAAAAUAUUACAGACACCACUGCCCACACAGACGCUGCCUGCCUCUCCACUCCAGAGUACCCUUCCCCUGAGAUUGAAGCACAAGAAAGAGAGUGACCUAAGGAGAGAAAUAUGAAUAUGAAGCAGCUGCAGUGUGUGGCCCAAACACCAUCUGUGAAGUCUGCGAAGUGGAGGAGACAAACAUGAAAACCAUCAAAAGACUGUCAUGUAUCUGUGGCUGCAAAAGAGCUACAAGAAACUGUCUUCAUCCCCAAACAAAAAAAACAACCAUGAAAUGUUUUGACAUCCUGGUGGCCACAGAUCUGGCUUUGCACCUUCCCUCUACGUCUUCCUCAAGAGCCAAUAUGUUUGUACUGAAUGGAAACAAAAGGGAACGGAGCUACAACAUCAAGUAUAUUCUAUAAAUUGCCUUAAAAGCUAUGGACCAAAGAGCUGGAAUCAUCCGAGCAAGCUAUGAUGAACAGAAUCCACAUUCUUACAAGAUGUUUAUAAUGCAUGUAUGCACUUCAAAUGUUUAUCGAAUUAUGUUUUAAAACUUUUUAAUAAAAAUGUAUCAAUGUAGAGUUGUCUAUUUACUUCACAUCUUGUGUGUCAAAAUAACAAUCGACUAUGCUGCAACAUUGCAGCUUGGUG